AAUGAAUGAAAUGGAAUGUAAGGAACCUUAAAGAAAAAAAAUGCCUCCUCCAGUUCCAAAAUUUAGGUCUUAACCUGUUGAGAAUGCUUAGAUUAAUGCAGCUAUGCAAAAUUUCUUCGCUGAAAUAUAAUAAGAAGUGGAGCCUACAUAAAUAGUAGAAACAGCUCCUUCGCAAUAGAGUGUUACAACUAAUCAAGUUUAAUAAUCAUAGACUCAAUAAGUCUAAUAACAAUAAUAAUAACCAUAGUAGCUUCCAGCUAGUAAAGUAAAUAUUUAGUCAAUAAUAAUAAUAGGACUUAUUACAUUUAAAUAAUAAGUUGAGUAGCAUUCUUCGUGUUUGCAAGAAUUCAACAAAAUUAACUCCAAUAGUAAAUAAGCCUUAAGAGUAUGAUCCAAGUAGACCUAAUGAUUAUGAGGAAUUGAAAAGAUAAAUGAAUCAAUCUGAAACAUAAAAUGAACAACCAUAGCCAUAAUAAAUAGAAGAAGAGACAGAGCCUUCUUAUAAUGAGGUAGAAUUGGGAUCUGGAGAAGAGAAAGCAUUGAAAAUGAUGGAGAAAUUUGGAUAUAAAUUUGGUUUAGGAUUGGGGAAAUACAAUUAGGGUAUUUAGAAUCCAAUAGAAGUGAUAAAGACUUCAAAUAGUGUUGGAGUGAUUGAAGUCAGUUCAUUAGAUUUUACAGAUUUGCUUCCAUAAAAUGUAGUGUUUAGAAAAACAUUUGAAUAACAUAAAUAGUAUAGGAAUAUUCAUUGAUAGAUAGCCCACAAAUAUAUUAGUAUUGUUGAAUGCUAUAACAGCAAAAGACGUUGAUGAAUAUUUUAAGGAUGAAAUAAAGGCAGAGUUAGGGAAAUAUGGGUACAUUAAGAAAAUUCAUGUUCAUGUAAGAUCUGAAUUAGAGGAGGACAUACAAGUGAGAGUGUUCAUUGAAUAUGCAAAGUAAGAUAUAUUGAAUGAUAAUAGUAAUGAGGAAGCAAUGGCAGCAUUUUUGGCAGCAGAUUAAAGAGUGUUUGGAGGGAGAAUAAUGACAUGUCGAUUCUAUUCAAUUGAAAACUUUAAUGAUGGACUAUAUGAUGCGGAAUUAUGAA